AUGUCGAAACGCGACGUCACCCUCACCAAUGUCACCGUGGUCCAGCUCCUGCGACAGCCGUGCCCAGUGACCAGAGCACCACCACCCCCGGAGCCCCAGCCAAUCAAAGAGCCAGCCCCACCACCUCCGCCUCCUGCACCUAAGAAGGUUUCUGUGGUUCGGGAGCUGACUGUUGGCAUCAAUGGAUUUGGACGCAUUGGUCGCCUGGUGCUGCGUGCCUGCAUGGAGAAGGGUGUUAAGGUGGUAGCAGUGAACGAUCCGUUCAUCGACCCAGAAUACAUGGUGUACAUGUUUAAGUAUGACUCCACCCACGGCCGAUACAAGGGGAGCAUGGAAUACAGGAAUGGACGGCUGGUCGUCGGUAACAAUGAGAUCAGCGUCUUCCAGUGCAAGCAGCCCAAAGAAAUCCCCUGGAAGUCUGUCGGGAGCCCCUUUGUGGUGGAGGCCACAGGCAUGCACCUGUCCUUAGAGGAAACUACAGCCCACAAUGAGGCAGGUGCCCUGCGUGCGGUCAUCUGCGCGCCCUCUCCAGAUGCACCCAUGUUUGUCAUGGUGAACGAAAAGGACUAUAACCCCGGCUCCAUGAAGACUGUCAGCAACGCAUCCUGCACCACCAACUGCCUGGCCCCCCUCGCCAAGGUCAUCCAUGAGCGAUUCGGGAUUGUGGAAGGGCUGAUGGUGACCCAUUCCCACACUGCCACCCAGAAGCCAGUGGACGGGCCAUCGAUGAAGGCCUGGCGAGACGGGCGCGGCCACCAAAGCAUCAUGCCGGCCCCUACAGGGGCUGCCAAGGCCGUGGGCAAAGUCAUCCAAGACCUCCAAGGGAAGCUGACUGGAAUGGCGUUCCGAGCGCCAACCCCAGUCGUGUCUGUUGUGGACCUGACCUGCCACCUGGCCCAGCCUACCCUGUACUCAGACAUCAAGGAGGCCAUAACAGCAGCAGCCAAGGGGCCCAUGGCUGGCAUCCUUGCCUACACUGAGGAAGAGGUCGUGUCCACGGACUUUGUUGGCGAUACCCAUUUGUCUAUCUUUGAUGCUAAGGCUGGCAUCGCGCUCAACUACAACUUUGUGAAGCUCAUUUCCUGGUACGACAACGAAUAUGGCUACAGUUACCGAGUGGUGGACCUCCUCCGCUACAUGUUCAGCCGAGACAAGUGA